CAACAAAAGAUCCGGAGGGGAUCCUGUUGGCUGAUAGAGGGAGAGAGAGUCGAGUCCGCUUUGGACGUUGAGGAGAAUGUCCAGCAAUGGCCGCAAGUACUCGUGCGAAACCGCGAGCCAGACCCUGGAAUGGAUCAACGCCAUCGUCGACUUCGUAAGACCCUACACUUUCCUAACCAACGCCCACGUCGUCAAUUUCUUCAAGGACCGGCUGUGGGAAGCUGUCGACGAGGAAUGGAUGGAUUGCUUGCGCAAAGAAGCAGUGGAGAAUCUCCUGCAGAUUCCUUGUGGAGUGGUCCAGGAUCAUUGGCCUGCUUCGCUUAAGAAUUUUAUUGUUACUUUGAGCUCUCUUGUGCUUCCUCGACAACAAGCAGACUUGCAGACGGUAUUAGCUAGCAUGGACAUGACUUCGCUCAAUAGCGUUCUCUCCACAGGCAUGAAUGCAAAGAAAAAACAUGAAGUAGAAGUCCUUUCUGCGGUUGUUAAUUCGAUUGCUAGCAGUGUCAGGGCUAAUGCAAUAAUUGAUGUUGGCUCUGGUCAGGGAUAUCUUGCACAAGUACUUUCCUUUCACUACCAACAUGCAGUAUUUGCAAUUGAUGCAUGUUCUCAUCAUGGAAGGGUUACUGAUGCACGUGCAGAACAAAUCAAGAAGUAUUAUGCUUCUCAAAUCCGUAAAUCUGUAUCAGGAAACAGGAGUUUGACUGUGCCUAAGACAAUCACAUGCAAUGUGAUGUCUAUUGACACGUUGAAAGCUUUGGCUGACAUACCACUGGAUAAAGAUAAUGUCUCUUCAUUACAAACUUCCUGCAAGGGAGACAGCGGAACUUCACUGGUUCUUGCUGGCCUUCAUGCUUGCGGAGAUCUUUCAGUAACAAUGCUCAAGACCUUUAUGGAGUGCAAAGAAGUUAAAGCAGUUGUUAGCGUUGGCUGCUGUUACAACCUAUUAUCUGAAGACGGUUCCAACCAUGUGGGUUCUCAAUGUGGUUUUCCAAUGAGUCAUGGUGUUAAAUCUGCUGGUUUGUCACUUGGAAAAAGUUCGCGUGACCUUGCAUGUCAGAGUGCGGAGAGGUGGAGAUGCUUGGAAAAUGAUGCUGGCGUCCAUAACUUUGAGCUGCAUGCUUUCCGUGCUGCUUUUCAGAUGGUUCUCAGCGUAUAUUAUCCCAAAGUGAUGACUACAAGUCCAUCAAUUGGGCGUCAAGGAAAGGCUUUGCGUCGCCGACAGCAGAGGGUCACCCCAGACUCCUCGUUGCAUCACAAAGAAAGCACAUUUUCAUCCUUGUCCCAAAUAAACUCUGAUAUGAAAGGAAGCUGGUCUCACAUAAAACCCACAGUACAAGAAGCAGAUGGCAGUUUUGACACGGUGUUAGAGACAACGACCAUAACUAACGAAAAUUCCUUCAACAAGGCCACCCAAUGUGGGAAGAGCAAGUUCAUUGGCAAGUAUCCACUUUUCCAGAAAUAUUGCUUAUCUGGUUUAUCUCGCCUUGGUCUUGAGCCUCUGAAGGAAAUGGAUGUUCAUGGAAUAUGGAAGGACGUUGAAUCAUCUGCUGAACUUAUUGGACCUUAUUGGUCUCUUCGAGCUGCUUUCGGCCCUCUUUUAGAAACUUUCCUUUUGCUUGAUAGAUUGUUGUUCCUCCAAGAGCAAGGGAGUUCAAUUGAAGCAGAAAUGCAACCAAUUUUUAAUCCUGCAUUGUCCCCAAGGAAUGUGGCCAUUAUUGCUAAAAAGUCGACGACACAGAUGUGACUGUGGCAUGAAAUACGGUAAGUCAUCAAACAUCAAGUCUUUUUCAAUCCGUCCUCCCCCGCCGCUGUGGCUCUGUGUGCGCAUCAUGCAUGUUUGCGUCAAGAAUGCCAUAUUGUACCUGUUAAAAGUAGUCAAAAACUGAUAGCUUCUUGUGAAUGUAGUUCUCCAUAUCUCAUACGGAUAUUUGGUUUAAAUACACAAAAGAGAGGCUUUCAGUGCCACAGAUUGUGUUUAUGAAUCUGAACCUUUCAUGUGCUGAGCCAGAUGUCAUUAAGAGCCCAGUGGUGAACGACGCUGGUGAAGCCGUGGGUUUGAUCAUUACUGGUUCUACAGACAAUCUUCUAAGUUUGUUUUCAGGAGGAGAUCCAGAUCCGACAACUUAUGCAACGCAGUUGCAAGAACGUGUCGAUGCAUCAUCAGUACUGAAAUUAUUGCCAAGGCAGAAGAUGUGUUGAAAUGUGCAGUCUCGGGAGAAGAACUCAAGGACUUGCUUGUACUGGAUGGAUGUAAUCAAAUUGAUUAAAUGAGUUAAAACUUUGAUCUAAUAGAUGUAUUAAGCCCAUUACACAAAAUUGAAGAAAAACUAAACUCCCAAAUCCUAAUUAAUCUCAAUUUAAACUUGA